AUGACGGUGGAAAAAAACAUGGACGACAAUGUUAUUGGGCGUGCAGCAAGUUCCAUUAACGAUGAAAAUUUCAUCAAGGAGCAAGAGCGGCUGUUGCCGAUAGCCAACGUUGGGAGGAUAAUGAAGGGAAUUCUGCCAUCAAACGCAAAAAUCUCAAAGGAUUCCAAGGAGACGAUGCAGGAAUGUGUGUCGGAGUUCAUCAGCUUUGUGACCAGCGAGGCAUCCGACAAGUGCAGGAAGGAAAGGAGAAAGACAGUGAAUGGCGAUGAUGUUUGCUGGGCGCUGGAGACGCUUGGUUUUGAUGACUUUGCGGGGCCAAUAAGAAGGUAUUUGCAUAGAUAUAGGGAGAUAGAAGUAGAUAGAGCUAAUCAAGACAGGGUUAGGAACAUUGUUGAUGAUGAUCAAAGAGAAGCAUGA